UCUCUCGUUCGCUCGGCCCUUCGGGUGGACGGUGGCCCGGAGGAGGGACUCGCUGUAUUUUAUUUUCACCCUGGGAGCCGUGGUCGGGAAGGCGAAUCGGAAAAGGGAGCGGGGCUAGUGGCGAUGUCCGUGAGCGGGGGCUGCACGGCCAGGAGUGCGCAGCCCCAGCGGGCCCGGCGCGGCCUCAGCCUGCCACCUCCUCGGGUAGCGCGGGACAGGGGCCGGGACUGAGCCGCCCCGGGCCCAGCAGGGAGAGCAGCCGCGGAGCCCAGAGGAGACGGGAGCUGCCGCGGGGUCGGGGCCGCCCGAGGAUGGGAAUCCUCUUCACCAGGAUCUGGAGGCUGUUCAACCACCAGGGUCUUGCAAUAUCCAGCUCCACUGCAGGUCUUCUGCUCCAAGUGAUUUCCUAGCAUCCAGUAUGCUGGCGACAUCACACCUGAAACAAAAGCACCUACUUACAGGGGGUCAGAGCACAAAGUAAUCAUUGUUGGUCUGGAUAAUGCAGGAAAAACAACCAUCCUUUACCAGUUUUCUAUGAAUGAAGUGGUGCAUACUUCUCCUACAAUAGGCAGCAAUGUAGAAGAGAUAGUGGUUAAUAACACACGUUUUCUAAUGUGGGAUAUUGGAGGGCAAGAAUCUCUUCGAUCUUCAUGGAAUACUUAUUAUACAAACACAGAGUUUGUCAUCGUUGUUGUGGACAGCACAGACAGAGAGAGAAUUUCUGUAACUAAAGAAGAACUUUAUAAAAUGUUAGCACAUGAGGAUUUAAAGAAAGCAGGUUUGCUUAUUUUUGCUAACAAACAAGAUGUUAAAGAGUGCAUGACGAUAGCUGAAAUAUCCCAGUUUCUGAAACUAACUUCAGUUAAAGAUCACCAGUGGCAUAUCCAAGCAUGCUGUGCUCUAACUGGCGAGGGAUUGUGCCAAGGACUUGAAUGGAUGAUGUCAAGACUUAAAAUCAGAUGAUUUUUAAUGAGCUCUUUGCACCGACAUUGCAUACAAAAGUGCUGUACCUAUGGAUACCUUGGUUACCUGUACCUAUGGUAACUGCAAAAUUAAUGGGUUAGGUGUAUUUAUAAUAAACUGAUUUCAACUUUAUUUUCUACACAUAUAUUAAGACCACCUCUUUGAAAACCGAUGAAGAUGAAGGCUCUAGUUUAUUUUCCCAUUAGUUUACUCUGAAGAUAGGUUUAAAAACUGUGGUUGACAUUCUUCUCAAGAUAAAGCCACUCAGGACUAUGUGUGGUGAGUAUGAAGUGAGAGGAAGGAAUUUUUAACUUUACAUUUUAUAUUCCAAUAUAACCCUCCUAGUUGAAGGUGUUGGCCUCGUUAUUCCAGUAAAUUAGCAAGCAAAUCAGUGGCAUAGGUAUUGACUUUCCAGUAUUUUAAAAACUUGUUCAAAUGUGCUACAGAUACAAAAAUAUUUUCCUUUGUGUACUGUACAUAGUUGUGUAUAUUUAUACCUCAAAUGUAGGUUAACUGAAAUCUGUUCCAAGAAAAAGUGAAUAACACUGAAUCUCAGUGUACUGAGAAUAGUACUAAUGUUGAGAUUGUUGACAUGUCACAACUGCUUUUCCUUUGUUCUCUGUACUGCUCUAACCUUCACCAAAUAAUUGGUGCACCAUUUCUUUAUAAAGUGAAAUCUCUUAAGACUA